GAGAGUUACGGUAACACCACACCCUUAAACCCUAAUCUGGUUUUGCCUUCUCAUUUCCAGCAAAGUGAUGAAUCGCAUUGCAUCGAAAUGGAACCUUAACAACACCCUUCGUCUCUUCUCUUCUUCUUCUUCUCCGACCGAUUCCCUCUUCUUACGAAUUUCCAGGUCCGGAGACCCUGCCAUCUCCAUCACUCCUCUCCUCAAUCAAUGGGUUGAAGAGGGCAGACCCAUCAACCAUGCUGAGCUCCAAUUCUUCAUCAAGCAACUCAGAGCUCAUCGUCGCUUCAAUCAUGCCCUUCAGAUAUCAGAAUGGAUGAGCAAUGAAAGGAACCUUCAUUUCUUAUCUGCAAACAUUGCUAUUCGUCUCGACUUGAUAGCUAAAGUCCGGGGCCUAUCGGAAGCAGAGAAAUAUUUUAGGAGCACUCCGUACUCUUCGAGAGAUUUUAAGGUCUAUGGUGCUCUUUUGAAUUGCUAUGCUCAACACGGCUCGGUGGAGAAGGCGGAAGCCAUUAUGCAGAAAAUUAAAGAAUACUCCUCCAAGCGGGUAACAUGCCUUGUAUUGAGUUAUAAUGUUAUGUUGAAACUCUAUGCUCGGACAGGUCAAUCUAAGAAAUCGUAUGAUUUGAUGCGAGAAAUGAUAGAGAAGGACUUAUGGGACUGUGUCACAGUUAAUACCUGGCUGAGGGCCCUUGUGGAAAGUAAUGAUAUAAAUGAGAUGGAGAAGUUACUAGCGCAGACGGAAGUUGAUCCCCUGAUAACUGUGGAUUGGUUAACAUACUGUACUGCAGCAGAUGGUUAUAUUAAAGCUUGCCGAUUUGAUAAGUCAUUGGCAAUGUUGAAGAAAUCGGAGCAAUUAAUCGAACGAAAGAUGAGGAGGGUUGCCUAUGAAUCUCUUAUGAUUAAGUAUGCUGCUAUCGGUAAAAAGGACGAUGUGUAUCGCAUUUGGAACAUGUGCAAAAACUUCAAUAAUAUCCUCAAUUCAAGUUACAUAAGCUUGUUAACUGCGUUAUCAAGGUUGAAUGACGUUGAUGGAGCUGAGAGGAUUAUGGAGAAAUGGGAAUCUGGAAAUACACGCCGUGACAUCAGAGUUCCAAAUGUGAUGGUGAGUAUUUAUUGUAAGAAUGGUCUGUUGGAAAAGGCUGAAGCAUAUGUUGGGAGGCUUUUAGAAAGAGACAGUAAAUUAGAUGGAAGUAUAUGGGAUCGUUUGGCUGGUGGCUAUUACAGAUGCAAAGAUAUGGAUAAAGUAGUUGAAACAAUGAAGAAAGCAAUCUUGGCUGGUCGACCAGGAUGGAAGGCUCACCCAUUUACUUUGGCUGCAUGUAUUGAGCACAUGAAAGAAAAGGGAGAUUCAGAUUUGGCAUCGGAGAUUCUUAGGAUGUGUGGGGAAAGAGGUUAUUUCUCUGCUACUACACAUGAUAGAUUAUCAAGGUAUAUGCAUGGUGAAAUCCUAAAAACAAAUGCCUUAAAUCUGAUUAAAGAAGAUUAUGGUCUAGGCCGGGACCUUUGACGUUCCGAACGGAGAGAAGCAGAUGUUGCUCCAGGGAGAGUAGCUAUGACAAGAAGUCAACACCUAUAUCUCAUUAUGUACUUCUGUUUGUUUUGGUGACUACUGGAAAAUUUCUUACUAAGGAAGAUGAACAGUCAGUUUCUGUUCAUAGAAGGAAGGAGAAACCACAAAUCAAGGAGAAAAUGCUGAAGAAAAAGAAAUUUGUCCCGAUAUCUGCAGAAAAAAAUCUCAACCUCUCCACCUCACAAUUCACCAUCACCUCUACCUACUAGCUCACCCUGGGCUCUCCGUUCUCCUCAUCUCCAUGAUGUUCAAAAAUCUGAGCAUAAUUUAAUGCCUACCAAAAUGGUGAAGAAACUUUUAAGGAAGAACAAGCUGCAAUGUACAAUAAUAUGCUUACUGAAGUCAAUCAAACCAGGGCUCAUGCAGCAUCUCUCUAGGAUGAUUUCUGAUAGUCUCAAGUCAACAUUAAUGCUAUCUUGAAUGAAAUUAAAGAGUUGUUUGUUAAAAAUGAGUGGCCAUUGAUGCGUAUUUUCUUUAAAAAAAUUUGGAGGAUGCUUAUUAUGGUGUUUGCUUUCUCUUAAAUGAAUAAUAGGUUACAUUAUGUGUUUUAAUAUGAUUAUACUGAUGCUUUCUUA